AAAUACAAAAUACAUAUUAGUUUACCAGCAUAUUUAAUAAUUCCAGAACAAAAAUGCCAGCAUGAGGAUGCAAGCUGUGAACAUAAGCCACAAUAGAAAAACACAUUAUUUUAAAUAAUAACAGCUGGGAUUACAUGGUUAAAGUUGCAUAUUUACAGUGUUUGGGUUUGGAUCAGUCAUCUUUUAGUCUUCCUUUAGUUUUCCAUUACAUUAUUGACUUCCGGUUACAUUAAUUUUUCCUACCAUGGAUGUCAAUGGCAGAUUUCUUCAAAAUAUAUUCUUUUGUGUUCAUUAGAAAAGAAACCCGUGAGGUUUUUAACCGCUUGUGGGAGUAAAUACUGAGUAGGAUUUCAUUUCUGAGUGAACUAUCCGUUACAAUGAUAUCCAUAACAAGAUUAUAAAACGAAUAACGACGAACGUGAAAGAAGCAUAUCCAACAGCAGAAGCGUCGCCAAGGACACACAAGCGCGUCUUCAACACUGGCGACUGAAGUGAAAAUGCCUCACUUUCCCUCUUCAACAACGACUGAAAAAAGCAGAAUAACAUAAUAAAGUUUUCAAUGUCCUCUGGAGAAAGGAUGCACGUGACCAGGCCCAAGUCUUCAAAAGGACGCAGCAGACCCAUGAUAACUAACUCUUCAAUGAUCUACACACCUUCCCAGCCCUCAGCUCUUUCCCCACAACCUCCAGCCGCCGCCAAGACCAAAGACAAGUCAAACCAAAGCCUCCGAUCCCGAGCCAUUCUGAGGCGCAGCAGUCAACCAACAACAGACAUAUUGACUGAAGCCUACGACAGACCCCCGGAAGAGCCCGUCUCUCUCAACAGAUACAGAGUUCUGCCAUCCAUUGAGAAAAAAACCAGUACGGACAACCAGAAGUGCAGUCAAUGUGUCAGCAGGCAUAGGAAAUGUCAACACACAAAUGCCAGACUGGAUGUGGUUUCAGAUUCAACUCCUCCUGAGGAAUCAGACCUUCUGCUUGCUAUCAGAACUCCAUGCGGACAGAGAUUUAAGCGCAGUUUUCGGCCAUCAGACCAGCUGAAGGGGGUGCUAUCGGCUGCCGAGGCUGAAUUUGGAGACAGGUUUGAUAAUUGUAUUAUUGAGACUAUGGAUGUGCCGCGCAGGACUUUUUCUAACCUUACGAUGACCUUGGCUCAGUGUGGCGUGCUAAACAAAUCGGUUUUAUGCAUUUCCCAUGAUGACAGCGAAAUGGAUUUAACUUGAAACGUGGUUGUAGUGUAACCUUUUAUGGAGAUGCAGCAACACUCAAAUUGUUUAGAUUUACGCACAUACAUUUAAAUACAACGGUUUUAGAUUUGCAUUUCAAAUUAUGAGUCACGUUCUUCCUGAUUAAACCUGUGUGGAUAAAUGUUAAUUUGUCCAAUCUAAUUUAAAAAAAGUUUAGGAUUCAUUUAUAAAUAAUAUUGGUUGUCCGAAAUAUAAAAAAUUACUUGAUGAAAACAAAUAAGAUGAUUAAAAUGUAAGAAAUGGUUUGUAUUAUAUUAACAUAAAAAAAUCUGAGGAAAAUGUGUUAUUAGAGAGAUUUAGAUGAACAUGUUAUAUAUUAUAGAUAAAAUAUAUAUUUUGCUUAUAAAAAAUAAACCUAUUUCCUUGACCACGGA